AUGGAGGCCUUCACUUUUGCCAUAUCCACGGAUGUGGAUAUUCCAAUUCAUAUCAAGAUUGGCUCGUUGGAAGGAAAACAGAAAAAGAUCCUGGAUUCAGUCCUCGACGAGAACCCCGAACUGCAGUUUAUCGCUUCCAAUCAAGAUCCUGCCUCCGACUUAUACGCAACAGUUCAGUUAUGGUCUGACUCAAAGCCUAUGGGUGUGCCAAUGCAGACCAAAUACAAGUCUUUCAAAGCCCAACGAAUAUGGAACGAAUGGUUGAAGAUGCCCAUGUCCAUCAAGGACGCCCAACGUAACUCUCAACUCGCGAUAACGCUAUGGGAUCUGUCGCCAUUGGCUGCUAAUGGUGUACGCCAUGUCCCAUUUGGUGGCACCACUAUCUCACUGUUUGAUAAAGAUGGGAAGCUGAAAAUGGGAAAACAAAAGUGCAAGGUGCAUCUUCGACGGGAAGCCGAUGGCGAUGCCUUUACAUCUACCCCGUCCACUCCAGCACCCAAGCGCCGGAAAACGAGAUCUCGUGAUCCUUCUGAACCGUCAGCUGAAGAGAAGGAGCUAGAGCGAGUAGAAGUUCUGAUCAAGAAACAUGAAAUGGGAGAGAUCCCACGUGUUGACUGGAUGGAUCAACUACUUUUCCGUGAGCUGGAGAAACUGAAGUUGAAUGCGGAAGAUGCGGCUCGAAAACGUGUCCUUGAGCUCGAGGCUCUUAUGAAAAAGGAUCCCAAAGGACACCACAAGGACGAUGAUUCCGACGAAGAAAAGCCUGAUGAAGAACAUUUCGAUGUUUACGUCGAAUUUCCGCGCUUCGAUCACCCGAUCGUCUGGGCUGAUCACGAAUAUCCUCCUCCGCCAAUCUCAUCUUAUCCUCAGAACGGACCUUCCCACCCUAAUUCGACUCUCAAGCCUGUCCCGGAGGUCCACUUCGGACCUGGCAUCCAACGUGCUGAUCCUUACAGUGUCAUCCGAAUCUACGAUCCGGAAUGUGGUCAAGUCGCCAAUCCUUGUGAGGACAAGCAUCGACGUCUGAUCCGUAGUCAUCGGACGGGCAUCUUGGAUCGGGACUUAAAGCCAAACCCCAAGAUUAGGGAUGACCUCAGCAUGAUCAUAUCUUAUGAGCCGACGCAAGAGCUUACUGCCGAGGAGAAGGAUCUCGUGUGGCGAUUCCGAUACCAUCUUACGCGUGAGAAGAAGGCUUUGACCAAAUUUGUCAAGUCAGUCAACUGGAGGGAUGUUGGGGAAUCUCGGCAAGCUAUCGAAAUCCUUCCCAAGUGGACCGAAAUCGAUGUUGAUGAUGCGUUGGAGAUUCUCGGACCAACGUUUGAUCAUCCGGACGUUCGAUCAUAUGCUGUUGAGACCCUGCGAAAGGCUGAUGAUGAAGAGCUACUUCUAUAUUUGCUUCAGUUGGUGCAGGCUUUGAAGUAUGAGGAGUCUCCCGAGUACAAAGCCGAAGAUGCCGCCCACGACUUCUCGCUUGCCAACUUCCUGAUUUCGCGAGCGGCAAAUAACUUCAAGCUUGGUAACUAUCUGUUCUGGUAUCUCACAGUGGAGAUUGAUGAUGCUGGCUCAAAUAUUCUUCCCGCUCAACGUCAGCUGUUCGUACGGGUUGCAUACUACUUCAUGGCCGAACUAGAGAGAGUUCACCCGGAGCAUAAAAAGACACUCCUGCGUCAAGCAGAAAUGGUGACUGUUCUUUCAAAGGUCGCCAAAGAUGUCCGGCUUUCGCGGGAGAACAGACCUGUCAAGAUCGACAUGUUGAAGAAGUACAUACGUGAUCCUGAGAAUGAUCUGAUUACUAUCGAUCCUCCAUUACCGUUACCUUUGAACCCCGAGGUUUCAGUUGUUGGAUGCUACCCCGAAGAAUCCAACGUCUUCAAGUCCACGCUUUCUCCUUUGCUUAUGACGUUCAAAACCUCGGACGGCCUUCGUUAUCCGAUGCUCUUCAAAGUUGGCGAUGACCUUCGCCAGGAUCAAUUGGUCAUCCAGAUCAUCAUUUUGAUGGACCGUCUUCUGCAAAAAGAAAACCUCGAUCUGAAGCUGACACCCUAUCGCAUCCUUGCGACCAGUCCGACAGCCGGUGCCGUUCAAUUCAUCCCCUCCAUUUCUCUCUCCGCGGCCUCCUCCAAGUACAAGUCUAUUCUCGCCUACUUGAAGAUCAACAACCCUGAUGAGAACGAGCCCCUAGGUGUUCGCAAAGAGACAAUGGACACAUAUAUCAAAUCGUGUGCCGGAUACUGUGUCAUCACCUAUCUGCUUGGCGUUGGCGACCGUCAUCUCGAAAAUCUGCUUCUAGCUCCAGAUGGCCACUUCUUUCAUGCCGACUUUGGCUUCAUCCUUGGCCGUGACCCAAAGCCGUUCGCGCCUAUGAUGAAACUUUGCAAAGAGAUGGUCGAAGGUAUGGGUGGCACAUCCUCACCACACUACCUGCAAUUCAAACAGUAUUGCUACACAGCUUACACCACCCUACGCAAAUCCGCCAACCUGAUUCUGAACUUGUUCAGUCUAAUGGUCGAUGCCAAUAUCCCAGAUAUUCGAGUCGAGCCCGACAAGGCUGUUUUGAAAGUCAAGGAGCGUUUCCACCUCGAGAUGACCGAGGAAGAGGCCAUCCGUCACUUCGAACAACUCAUCGCCGACAGCGUGAACGCUAUCUUCGGCGUUGUCAUUGAUCGCCUGCAUGACUUUGUGCAAGGCUGGCGGGCCUAG